AAAACCAUUCCUGAACACUUGGCCAAUAAAAAAUACCACUGCACUGACUGUGAUUACAGUACCAACAAGAGGAUAAGUUUACAUGAUCACCUGAAGAGGCACAAGAUGACCAGUAAGGCUGGAAAGGACACAGAGUGUGAUGAGUGUGGGAACCAUUUCUCCCAUGCUGGGGCUUUACGUAUUCACAAAACAACUCAUGGAGAGAAAGAAGCCAGCAAAACAUACAAGUGUAAGUUCUGUGACUAUGAAACAGAUGAACAGGCGUUAUUGAAUCGCCACCUUUUGGCAGUCCACAGCAAGAAGUUUCCUCACAUUUGUGUAGAGUGUGGUAAGGGUUUCCGUCACCCGUCAGAGCUCAAAAAGCACAUACGCGUUCACUCUGGAGAGAAGCCCUAUGAAUGCCAGUAUUGCGAGUACAAGUCUGCAGACUCCUCUAACUUGAAAACACAUGUAAAAACUAAGCAUAGAAAGGAGAUACCAUUGAAAUGUGACAUCUGUGUGCUGACUUUCUCAGACACUAAAGAGGCACAGCAACAUGCUCUUACCCACCAAGAAAGCAAAACACACCAGUGUUUGCACUGUAGCCAUAAGAGUUCAAACUCAAGUGAUUUGAAGCGACACAUAAUUUCAGUUAACACAAAGGACUAUCCUCAUAAGUGUGAGAUGUGCAUCAAAGGGUUCCAUAGGCCUUCAGAACUCAAGAAACAUAAAAGCCCCAUAAAAGUAAAAAAAAUGCACCAGUGUAGACGCUGUGACUUUAAGAGUCCAGAUCCAUUUGUGCUCAGUCGCCAUAUUCUCUCAGUUCACACAAUGAGUGUCCCAUUCAAGUGUAAGAGAUGUAAAAGGGGAUUUCGACAACAGUGUGAGCUUCAAAAUCAUAUGAAGACACACAGUGGCAGGAAAAUGUAUCAGUGUGAGUACUGUGAAUAUAGCACUACAGAUGCCUCAGGCUUCAAGCGACACGUUAUCUCCAUUCAUACCAAAGACUAUCCUCACUGUUGUGAGCACUGCAAGAAAGGAUUCCGGAGACCCUCGGAAAAGAAUCAGCAUACAAUGAGACAUCAUAAAGAAGUUGACCUGCCCUAA